GAAUCCAGCAUCAUGACAAGAAGGGAUAUUUGGGGUUGGAAACCUACUCGUUACUCUGUCUUUCUGCGAAGAAACUUGGGUUUGUGCAUAGCUGUGCCUUGGACUUUGUAUGCUCUCUCUUCAUACUUCUUGGAUCUUGAUGGUAAUUGGAAAAGAAAUAAGGAAGAAAAUCGAGUUAUGAUCAAGAAAGCCAUGAAAAACCUGGAUAUCGUGAGGAAGAUGAGGGAGGAAACGGAGCAUUCGGUUAUGAG